AUGAAGUUUUCUCGGAUAGUUAUGAUGGGGCCGCCAGGAUGUGGAAAGGGAACCCAGUCUAAGCUUAUAUCUGAAAGAUAUGGAAUUCCCCACGUGAGCUCUGGAGACAUUAUACGGGAAGAGAUGAUGAAGAACACCAAGGAAGCAGAAAUAGUUAGAGAGAUUGUUAACUCAGGAGGAUUGGCUCCUAACGAAGUUGUGAAUAAACUGGUGCUGAAGAAGAUUCGAAGCAUGGAUAGGUAUAUUCUCGAUGGAUACCCCAGAAGAACCGACCAGGCAGAAAUGCUGGGAGACAGUGUUGACCUAGUGAUAUUUAUUGAUGUGGACAAGGAUACAUGCAUUCAUAGGAUCUGCAAGCGAAAUCAUGGAAGGGAUGAUGAUGAGGAGGAGGUUGGAAGAAAGAGAUAUGACGUCUACACGAAGGAAACAAUGCCUAUACUUGAGCUGUAUAAGAGCUAUGGAAAGAUAGUAAGGGUGGAUGGGAAUGGUUCUCCCGAGACCAUAUUUUCUAAGAUCUGCGGAAUUAUUGAAUGA